CCUGAGAUGAAAACAGCAGGAGAACCAGACCUGAAUCUCGGGCAGACCCUGGAGUGGCUGAGGAGGGAGCUGUCUGAGAUGCAGAUCCAGGACCGGCAGCUCCUGCUUACCCUGAAGCAUCUCCAUGGUGUCCUGGAGGAGCUGCGCACACAAAGUACCCAGUGGGAAGACGGCAGGUCCAGCGAGGGGACAUCCCCCAUCAGAGCUAGAGCAGGCUCUGAAAGCAGGGGCUUCCAGACAGUUGGCUCCGGAGGGCUGGCCCCGCUCCUCAAAGGGGAAGAGAGCAGAAGAAGCUCUGUUCCUUAA